UUGUCCUCUGCGCGGCUCUUGGAACUUGAAGCGGUGCAGCGCGAACACCGGCAGCUGCAGCAUGGAUCAUGGAAAUGAAGGAUUCCAGGAUUUGCUGAAGUCACAGUUGGCAGCCAUAGAGCAAGUGAUGGCAUUCAACCAGACGCUCUCAAGGAAGCUGCAGAACAACGAGAACCGUGACCACUGGGCGAGGAGCAAGGACGACAACAUGGAGACGCCAAGCCGGAAAGCCGCAUUCAGGACAUUCAAUGCAGAGGAGCAAAGGUCUCCAUUGACGCAGCCACUGCUGAACCAGAAUUUCACUGCCCCGGUUCCGCAAAAGGCGUCCGACUCUCCCCACUCAAGUCCCUCGCUGCCGAAUUUCCACGCGCCGGACAGCACCGGCAGGUCGCCGCUGAGUGGAAUUUCGCGGGAAUCCUUGCGGCAUCACGCCCUGCAGUUUGGUAGUCGCUGCAGGCGUGCUGCCACCAGACUUGCCAUCGAGGGCAGCGGCAGUACUCCCAUCUCGCGGACCUACCACCGCCCAGUUUUGGCGAAGCCAAAAGAUGUGAAGGACCUAGCGAAAGGCGUCGUGGACUCCAUCAACAGACAGGCGCAGGACCCGGAGAAGCUGUACUCCGAGUCAGGUCGCUGGCAAGCCAUCGCCCGCAGCACCUGCUUCAAGAGCCUGACAUUGAUAAUGGUUUUCGUAAGCACUGCCUGGAUCGCCGUUGACACCGACUACAACACGGAAAACAGCAAGCAAGCUUAUCUCUUCGUUGCCAUGGACAACAUCAUUUGCGCGUACUUCUUCUUCGAGAUCACGGUCAGGUGGAUGGCCUAUUCUGUUCGCCUCACUGCCCUGUCCGACAUCUCAUUUCUCUUCGAUCUCUUUCUAGCUGUGUCCAUGUCCUUGGAGACUUGGGGUGGUCCAAUCUUCACGCUCAUCACCGGCCGCCAAAGACAAGAUUCCGGACACGGGAUCACCCCGGCCUUGCGCGGCUUGAGAUUGAUCCGGAUCACCCGCGCGUUCCGGAUGUCGCGGCUGUUUCGAUCGGUGCCGGAGCUCAUGAUCCUGGUGCAGGGCAUGUUCCAGGGCGUGCGCUCGGUGCUUACAACCUUGGUGCUGCUCUUGCUAGUCACCUAUACCUUUGCGGUAGCGAUGACGCAGCUUUUGCAAGGCAAGAACAUCGGCGAGGGCAAGUUUGACAACGUACCCACUGCCACGAACUUCCUGCUUAUGCAGACGCUGUGCGGCUUCGACGCAAAUUACAUCACAGGGAUGCUCCAUGAAGAUGCCGUGUCCUUCUUCAUCCUUCUCACCUACCAGCUGUUAGGCUCGCUCACCUUGAUGAACAUGCUCACGGGUGUCAUGGUGGACGUGGUGGGCACAACGGCACAGUUGGAACAGGAGGAGCAGAGCUUGCGGACGCUGAAGCGGGAUAUUGCCGAUGUGGUUACCCUCACAGAUGAGAAUCAGGAUCGGACUGUCACCGCAGUGGAGUUCACUCACAUGAUUCAAAACCCGAUCGCCGUAAAGAAGCUGUAUGAGGGUGGCGUGAAUGUGCUGGCGCUGGUGGACUAUGCAGACUUCGUUUUUCGGGACACCGCGGAGCUGUCGCUGGAAGACUUUGUCGAAACCGUUUUGCAGUUCCGCGGCCAGAGUCCAGCUACGGUCAAGGAUGUGGUUGACCUCCGCGUAAUGGUCACCAAGGAGAUGGCCAGACUGGACAAGGCCGUGGCCAGCGUAUCGCCAGCCAAAUGAGAUGGAAGCAGGCGCCAGGUCCUCAACAGCUGCUGAUGCUCUCGCGAGCGAAGCGUGGCGAGCCAAACGGCUGGCCUGAGCCUUCAAACAAGCCUCGUGUGGAUGAAGGAAGGCUGUGCUUGUUUCUAUCCCAGAAAACGACUUGGAUGCGUUUGCUGACGGAUUCCCCACGGUGCCUC